UUACCACACACCAGACCUGCUCUCUCAUGAGUGGACAACUCAGCCUCAUCCUCUGCUGAGUGCAAAAACACAACAAGGAUAAUGUUACCCUGUUUGAAUUUUGCCGUGAUCAUCUGUCUCCUGCAAGUUCUCUGCAUCACCGCCGACGUAGACAGUGGCUCCUUUCUGAUCUUCAAUGAGAACCACAACAAGUGCGUAAGGGUGGAGAGUGCCUCCUCGAUAACGGUAGCUCGUUGUGACCCUCAUGCCAAAGACCAGCAGUUUCGUUGGGCCUCCGAGUCGCGCCUCCUCAGCCUGUCUCUCAAUCUCUGUCUAGGGGCCACAGAGAUAAAAGACUGGGUGAAGGUGCUCCUCUUUGAAUGUGACGAGAACAAUGAACUCCAGCAUUGGCAGUGCAAGAAUGAGACUCUCUUUGGCCUUAAAGACCAGGACCUGCACUUCAACUGGGGCAACCGCAAUGAGAGGAACAUUAUGAUUUACCAGGGCUCAGGGCUCUGGAGCCGCUGGAGGACAUUUGGCACUCAGAAAGACAUUUGUUCAAAGGGUUAUCAAGAGAUUUUCACGAUUGGAGGCAAUUCGUAUGGAAUCCCAUGUCAGUUCCCAUUUAAGUAUUCAGACAAGUGGUACUCUGAAUGCACAAAGGCAGGUCGCUCAGACGGACACCUGUGGUGUGCCACCGAGACAGAUUACGAUAAAGAUAAGAAGUGGGGCUUCUGUCCCACAAAAGCAUCCUCAGGCUGGGACACCGACCCAGUCACAGGGGUUGAGUAUCAGAGGAAUGUACAGUCGGUGUUAACCUGGUACCAGGCCAGGAAGAGCUGCCAGCAGCAGGGAGCCGACCUUCUCAGCAUCGUCGAGCUCCAUGAGCAGUCGUACAUUUCAGGAUUGACCGCCACUUUGGGAACAUCUCUGUGGAUUGGACUUAAUAGCUUGGAUUUUGACAGUGGAUGGCAGUGGAGCAAUGGAAACCCAUUCAGAUACUUAAACUGGUCCCCAGGUCAUCCCUCAUCACAGCCUGGGCUUAACUGUGCAACCAUAAACGCUGCAAAAGCCUCAAAAUGGGAGAACGAUGCCUGCACCAAAAAACUUGGUUACAUAUGUCGCAAAGGAAAUUCUACCAGCCUGCCCCACCCACCACCUAAAAACCAGCAUAACUUCUGCCCCAACCACUGGAUUCCUUAUGCUGGUCACUGUUACUACCUGGAGAGGAGUAAGAAGAUGUGGCGUGAUGCAUUGGCUGCCUGCCACAAAGACGGAGGAGAUUUAGCCAGCAUACAUAAUAUAGAAGAGCAGAGCUUCAUCAUAUCUCAAUCUGGAUACGUGCCGACAGAUGUGCUCUGGAUUGGCUUGAAUGAUCAGAGGAACCAGAUGCUGUUUGAAUGGUCUGAUAACUCCCACGUUACCUUCACCCAGUGGGCCACUGCUGAGCCGUCUCAUGCCUCUAACCUCCAAGAGGACUGUGUCCUCAUCAGAGGACAGAAUGGGAGGUGGGAAGAUCACAUGUGUGAGAAGACGUUUGGAUACAUCUGUAAGAAGAAAGCCUCCACUAGACCAGCUGAAGGAACCCAUGAGGAAGCCAACCCUGGAUGCAAGCCUGGUUCAUUCAGGUUCGAUUCACAUUGUUACAGCAUUGGAGCUGAGAAAAAAACUUUCAAUGAGGCAAAGGAAGCAUGUUCACAAACCGGCGGUUACCUGGUGGAUGUGUCUGACAGAUAUGAAAAUGCCUUCGUGGUCAGUUUGGUGGGUUUGAGACCAGAAAAGUAUUUCUGGUUAGGUUUGUCCAACACAGAAGAUAUACACACUUUCAAGUGGACCACCAAGAGAAGCGUCACAUUUACUCAUUUCAAUGUAGACAUGCCAGCCAGACACCAAGGAUGCAUUGCCAUGACAACAGGGAUGUUUGCUGGAUUAUGGGAUGUUGUCAGCUGCAGCAAUAAGGAGAAAUAUAUCUGCAAGAAGCUGGCAGACGGUGUACAGACAACAACAAUUCCCCCCACCACCCCGGCCCUGAGCUGCGCCUCUGGGUGGACCCCUGUUGGCGGGAGGAGGAGUGUCUGCUUCAAAGUUUACAAAAAUAAGGAACAAAAGAAGACUUGGCAGGAAGCAGAGGACUUUUGCAAGGCCAUUGGUGGCAACUUGAUGAGCAUACACAGUAGGCAGGACAUAAGCAGUGCUCAGUUUCGUGGCUCUAGUGCAGCCUGGAUUGGCCUCAGCUUACAGAGUACCACUGGAGGUUAUGUCUGGACUGAUGGGACGUCUUUUGAUUAUGAGAACUGGGGCUUUGGAGAACCAAACAAUUACAAUUCCAACGAACAUUGUGCAGAGGUCCAGUCUUACUAUGGGCGGCACUGGAACGAUCGGCACUGUGAGGUCUAUAAUAACUGGAUCUGCCAGAUACCCAAAGGUGCAACUCCCAAACCCGAGCCUGUGGACGUUCAACCAGUGCUCAACAAAACAGAAGAUGGCUGGAUAAUAUACAAUGACACACAGUUUUUCAUCAAUUCUGACCUCCUACCUAUGGAAAGUGCCAGAGCAUACUGCAAACAAAAUUUUGGUGAACUUGCAGUCAUCACAGGGGAGAGUGAGAGGAAGUUCCUUUGGAAACAGAUAUCGAAAGGCUCAGGACAGUACUAUAUUGGCAUGACAGUGGAUUUGGAUAAGUCAUUCAGCUGGGUGGAUGGCACCCCUGUAACAUACACCGCAUGGGACAAUAACGAGCCCAACUUCGCUAACAAUGAUGAAAACUGCGUGACUAUAUAUACAAGCAUGGGUUACUGGAAUGAUAUUAAUUGUGGUUUGGAGCUACCAUCUAUUUGCAAAAGGAGCAGUAAUUUUGUCAAUACAACAAUGGCCCCCACCAUUAUGCCCAAGGGAGGAUGUGCCCCAGAUUGGUUACCUUUCAGAGGAAAGUGCUACAAAAUCGUUACGGGGAAUGACAAAAAGACUUGGCAAAAGGCCAGGGUGUACUGCAUAAACCAGGGAGGAAAUCUGGUUUCUGUCAUUGGCGAGAACGAGCAAGCAUUCCUAACAACACAGAUGAUGAGGUACAGUGAGGAUUUGUGGAUAGGCAUGAAUGAUAUCAACUGGGAGAUGCACUUUGUUUGGACGGAUGGCAAAGGCAUCGGCUACACCAACUGGGCCAAAGGGCAUCCAACAACAACGCCUGAUGGACGCCAUUCAUUUUCAGAUGAGGUUUUCGACUGUGUGAUCAUGGUGGGUACCAGCAGCAAACAAACAGGACUGUGGAAGAUUGAAGACUGUAACUCGAAACUAGGCUUCAUCUGUAAAAGAAACGUUGAUUCUCAGAUUGCAGUCCAAUCGACCACUGUGUCACCAAGUGGUUUCACCAAGCUUGGCAAUGACUCAUACAAGGUGGUGGCACAGAAGAUGAAAUGGGACGAGGCGAGGAGGCAAUGCCAGGCAGACGAUGCAGAUCUGGCCAGUAUCCUGGACCCCGUCGUCCACUCAUACAUCAUUUUGCAGAUCUCCAAGUACAAUGAGCCUGUGUGGAUUGGCCUCAACAGCAAUGUGACUGGCGGGCGAUACAAGUGGGUCGAUAACUGGAGGCUGUCUUUUACCAAAUGGGACGUAGAUGAGCCUAAACACAACUAUGGCUGUGUGUAUAUGGAUGUGGACAGAAAGUGGAAGACUGCACCGUGUACCAACAGCUACUACUCCCUUUGCAAGAGGUCACCAGACAUCGCUCCCACUGACCCCCCACAGCUCCCCGGAAACUGUCCAGAAUCAAAGAAGAGAAGUACCUGGAUACCCUUCAGAGGCCAUUGUUAUGCCUUCCUCAGUUCAGUGGCGGACAAUUGGGCACAUGCAUCAGUUGAAUGUCUAAAAAUUGGUGCGACUCUGGUGAGUAUUGAGGACCCUCAGGAGAGUCUUUUCAUAAAGCAUAACGUGGAGCUCCUACAGGACAGUACCAAGUCCUUCUGGAUUGGCCUGUAUAAGACUCAUGAAGGUGAGUGGAUGUGGAUCGAUAACAACGUUGUAGACUUUACCAAUUGGAAAAACGGGUUUCCAAAAUCAGAUUCAUGUGUGGACGUCAAUACUGACAGUGGACAGUGGAGUACAUCCAGCUGCGGCAGAUACAGGCCUUACAUCUGCAAAACACCCAAAGUUAUUCCGCCUACAGAAAAGCCUCCAUCUGUUGCCCACGUCGUUGAAAAGGCAUCACACGGGUCUGCUGGCAUGACCGUGGCUAUAAUACUAGUAGUAAUUGCUGUAGUGGGACUAGGUGCCUUCUUCCUCUUCCGUAAACGGUUACCCAGCCCUGUCUUGGGAGGAGAAAGCACCUUUGACAAUAAGUUGUACUUCAACAAUCCAAUCCGAGCCGCUGUAGACACCAAGGGCCUGGUGGCUAACAUAGAGCAGAAUGAACAAGCAUAGAAAUGACAUGA